AUGGAAGUGAUUGGCCAGUUCAAUAAUAGCUUUAUUCUUUGUCAGCUCGACAAGGAUCUGUAUAUUUUAGACCAACAUGCGUGUGAUGAAAAGUCAAACUAUGAGCAUUUGAUGAACGAAGUAGCGAUCCAUUCCCAGAAACUCAUCAAGCCGAUUCCGCUUGAACUCUCUCCCGACCAGGAAUUCACAAUCAUCCACAACCAGGCCAUCUUCAAACGCAAUGGAUUCGAUAUCUCCAUUUCGGAAUCGCAGGAGCUCGGCCAGCGUCUUCAACUUACCUCGCUCCCCGCAUCGAAGAAAUACACUUUCUCCGUCGAGGACUUUUUGGAAUUGGUGGGAACAGUGAUGGAAACCGGAGGAAUGGCGCAGCGAACGCCGAAGCUCGCCAAGAUUCUCGCCACGCGAGCUUGCCAUCAAUCCGUUCGAGCAGGAGAUCCGCUCAACUAUCCCAAAAUGGUUUCACAGAUUGUUCGUCGGUUAGCUGAACUCGAUCGUCCUUGGUCUUGUCCCCAUGGACGUCCCACACUUCGUCAUCUCGUUUCGCUGCAUCAUCAAUAG